AUGGCAGCACAGGUCACCACGGCCGCGGCCGGCGCCGGCGACCUCUUCGUCAACGGGCGCAUCUUUCUCCACAACGCCGACACCGGCCUCGAGACGCAACCGUCUUUUGCCGAGGCCAUGUUUGUCGCAGACGGCAUCAUCCAGGAAAUCGGCACCGCGGAAGACCUCCAGGCGAAGCACUCAUCAUCGUCGUCAUCAUCGGGGCCGCGGCACGUCACUACACACGACCUGCAGGGCCGAACGGUUCUGCCGGGCUUCAUCGACGGACAUGUCCAUCUGCUGCUCCUCGGCCAGUCGCUGCGCAAGCUGAGUCUCGAGCACUGCGCGUCCCUCGAGGACAUCCGCGCCGCCAUCAAGGAGUACGCCGCUGCGAACCCGGACGUCCCGCGCAUUAUGUGCAAACUGUGGAUGCACUCCAUGACCCCGGACGGCGUCGAUAAGACCAUGCUCGAUGACAUCGACCCGCGGCCCAUCUUCAUCGACACCAAGGACCUUCACUCAACUUGGUGCAACACAGCCGGCAUCAACGAGCUCGGCAUCGAGCACACACCCGACCCGUCGGGCGGCAAGAUCCACCGCGACGCCGACGGCAAGCCAACAGGCCUGCUCAGCGAAGCCGCCGUGCUUACCAUCGUGUGGCCCCAUCUGGCCCAGGUGGCGCCCAAGAGAGACCGCAUGGACGCCAUCAGGGCCGCCGUCGAGACGUACAACGCGUCCGGGUACACGGGGCUGAUCGAGAUGGCCAUGGACGAGCCGGCCUGGGACGCCGUUUGCUCGCUGCGCGCCGAGGAACCCAACCUUCCCAUGCGCAUCCACGCCUACUGGCUCAUCCGGCCGUCCGAGUCCGAAGAGGAGCGCCUCCGGCAGGUCGACCGCGCCAUCGAGCUGCACACGGAGCUGAACAAGACGACUUCGCCCGACCUACGCAUCACGGGCAUCAAGAUCAUCACCGACGGCAUCAUCGACGCCUGCACAGCCCACUUGUCGGAGCCCUACGCCGAGGCCGGCUCGCCGCCCCCCUUCUGGACCCCCGAGCAGCUCGGUCCCGUCGUGCGGAGGGCCGACGCGGCCGGCCUGCAGAUCGCGCUGCACGCCAUCGGCGACGCGGCCAUCAAGAACGCCGUGAAUGCCCUUGCGGACAACGCCACGCCCGGCCGCCGCCACCGCCUCGAGCACAUCGAGAUGGCGUCGCCCGAGGACGCCAAGCACCUCGGCGAGCUGGGCCUGACGGCCUCGGUCCAGCCCGUCCACGCGGACCCGGCCAUCCUGCGCGCCUGGCCGCGGCUCCUCGGCGCGCACCGCUGCGAGCGCGCCUUCGCCUACCGCGAAUUCGCCGACCACGGCGCGCUCCUGGCCCUCGGCAGCGACAGCCCGACGGCACCCUGGGCGCCCCUGCAGAACGCCUACGUGGCGACGACGCGGCGGUCGGCGAGGGAGCCCGCCUACGACGUCGUGGUCAACGAGCACUUCAGGCUGGGCGUGUGCGAGGCACUGACGGCCGCCGCAUUCGGAACGGCCAAGAGCGUGUUCGCUGAAGACCGCGUCGGGUCCCUGCAGGCCGGCAAGCGCGCGGACUUUGUCGUAGCCGAGAUGGACUGGACGCCGCAGGGUCUCUUGAAGGGCGAGAUCAAGGCCACCUGGUUCGAUGGGAGGAGGGUCUGGGCGUCUUCCGAUGUCUACUAG